AAUGUAUAAUCCAUAGUCUAAGGUUCGACAAGUAUUCGAGUGAAUUAAUAUCGUAUACCUACCUAUCUGAUUCUGAAAUCGCAUUCUGAUUUCUGUGUAAAUUAUUUCUUUGAAAUUGUGUAAUUAUAUUUUAUAUCAUCGUUUUGCUAUUUAAACUACUACAAAAUGGUAAAAGGAGGUAAAAAAAAAGAUAAGAAAGGGGUUACAGAAGCUGUUGCAUCCUUGACAUUAGAGGAGAACCCAGGGCCAUCGGUAACACCAUCUACAUCAUCUCUUGCUGCUGGAGGUACAACACCUGUAGAGCAGCAGGGUGCAGUAGCUGCACCUGCAGCUCAGCAAAAACAGCCCACAACAAAACCAGUAGAAGAAGGUGAUGAUGGCCUGGCACUCGGAGGUGGUAAAAAAAAGAGAAGCAGAGGAGGAAAAAAGAAAAAAGAUACAACAGAAGGGACAAUUUCAACUGAACCAAUGGGAUAUAAUCCUAUAGCCUCAGUUCCUUCUCAACAGACUGGACCUACUACGCAGCAAUCUAGACCACCCUUUCAACAACAGCAGUCAGGGGGCCGAGGCGACAGUAGCUUACCUCCGCGGCAACCUGGACCAGCCUUACAACAGCAGCAGUCGGGUGGUCGUGGCGUCGGCAUCGUACCUCCGCAGCAACCUGGACCACCCACUCAGCAUCAACAACCAUGGGGACAUGGCGCUAGUUAUGUACGCCCACAACAACCCGGACCGCCCACUCAGCAUCAACAACAAUGGGGACAUGGCCCUAGCCAUGUACCUCCACAACAACCCGGACCGCCCACUCAGCAUCAACAACCAUGGGGACAUGGCCCUAGCUAUGUACCUCCACAACAACCCGGACCGCCCACUCAGCAUCAACAACCAUGGGGACAUGGCGCUAGUUAUGUACGCCCACAACAACCCGGACCGCCUACUCAGCAUCAACAACCAUGGGGACAUGGCGCUAGCCAUGUACCUCCACAACAACCCGGACCGCCCACUCAGCAUCAACAACCAUGGGGACAUGUACCCCCGCAGCAACCCGCACCACCCAUACACCAACAGCAACCUGCGCCACCCAUACAACAACAGCAACUUGCACCACCCAUACAACAGCAGCAACCCGCACCACCUAUUCAACAACAACCAUGGGGUCGAGGUGAAAGCAAUGUACCACAACAAACAAGAUCACAGGGGCGAGGCAGAGGUGCACCUCCUCCGCAACAGUCGAGCGCGCCGGCAGCACCGGGUCGAGGACCGGCACCGCAAGCCAUACCGCCACAACAACCAUCAUCAAGUCAACAACAAUCAUCUGGGGCUCCUUCACAAUACGCCCCAAAACAGUCCUAUGUUGCAACUAGAUUCCAGUUGCCCAAAAUGAUACGUAGAGCAGGAAUCCCUGCACGACCUAUAACAGUGAUUACUAAUUAUCUACCCAUGACAAUAAAACCCAUAAAAGUGUUUCGUUAUGACGUGUCCAUCACUCCAGACAGACCAAAGAAGAUGGUACCAAAGGUUUUCGAUGUGGUGAAAGCAAAAUUUUUCCCGAAGAAUUUGAUUGCGUUUGAUCAAAUGAAAAACUGCUACAGUCUGAGGCCCUUGCUAAAACCAACACAAGAUAGAUUGACUACUGAGGUGGAUCUAGCAGACGAUAAUGGAAAAGUAAUCAAAUUCCAAAUUUCAAUGAAGGAAACAGGGAUUUUGGAUUUCCAGUCCUUAUUAACCUAUAUGAAAGAAGGAACCGCCCUGUGUCCGCCUACAGAGACAAUACAGUGCGUUGAUGUCAUACUACGUCAGGGUAGCCUGAUGAAUUACGUGAAGGCGGGUCGACAGUUCUUCACGAGACCAAGGAAUCCCAUAGAUCUCGGUGAUGGCUUGGAAAUGUGGACCGGUUUGUUCCAGUCGGCUAUCUUCACGUCAGCACCUUUCAUUAAUAUUGAUGUGGCACACAAAGGUUUCCCGAAAUUCAUGACACUUAUUGAUGUACUUACUAAUGAAUUCCGAUUGGAUCCCAGACGCCCUCUGGAGGAUCAACGAGGCACUGAUGCUUUAUAUCAUUAUCUGAAAGGACUGAGGGUUACAGCCACUAUCACUGAUGCUGGAUCAUCCCGCGUCCAGAAGCGGGAAUUCAUUUGUAACGGUCUAGUGAAACCCGCCAGUAGAAUGGAAUUCAAACUUGGGGAUGACGGUAAAAGUAAAACCAUCACCGUUGAGAAGUAUUUCGCCGAAGUCAAGGGCCAAAGGUUGCGAUACCCUAAUCUUAACUGUAUGUGGGUUGGACCCAGAAACAAGCAGAUUUACUAUCCAAUGGAGUUACUUCAUGUGGUCUAUGGACAGGCAUUAAACAAGCAGUUGAAUGAGAAACAGUUGUCAAAAAUGGUCCGUGAAGCUGCCACACCGCCUUGGGAUCGUAAAAAGAAAAUUGAAGAAUGCAUUAAAGACAUGAACUACCCACGCAAUGAAUUCUUUAAGGAGUUUGGAAUGGCUAUUUCAACAGAAUUCCUGGAAGUUAAUGCGAAAAUACUCAAACCACCUAUCCUGUCAGUAGGCGACGGGACCGUGGAGCCAAGACGAGGUGUAUGGCAGGCAAGACGUUUUCUACAACCCAGCGCUAUGCUAGCCUGGGGAUUCCUCGUCGUAGAGACUGACUCGUCCAGACUAGAUUGCAACUCCAUGAUUCAAUCGUUCCAACGUGUUGGAAAGCAGAUGGGUAUGAAUGUUCAAGAGCCGAAGCUAGUGAACUUGAAUGUGAGAUUGAAUGAACUCCUUGGUAAAUUCAGAUCUGCGUGGGAUGACAACAUCAAACUCUUGUUCGUCAUUGUCAAUACGAGGAUGAAGAACACAUACCAGAAGGUGAAACAAUUGGCUGAACUGGAUGUCGGCAUUCUAACUCAAUGCAUCAGGGAUGUCACCGCUCAGAAUAGAAUGAAUGAACAGACGAUUCGCAACAUUUUGCUCAAGGUAAACUCAAAAUUGAUGGGGGUGAACCAGUCGCUAGAUGUCAGAUGCGCUCCGCAAUGUCUGAAGGAUGGUGGGGUGAUGGUGGUCGGAGCUGAUGUAACUCACCCCUCCCCUGAACAGACUGAUAUUCCGAGCAUAGCGGCUGUGAGCGCGUCCAUUGAUCCGAAGUGCUACCUGUACAAUAUUGAACUGAGCAUACAGACGCCCAAGAAAGAAAUGAUAGUCCAGUUUGAAACCAUGAUGGAAGAACAUCUGAGAGUCUAUAAGAAAAAUCAGAAUACGCUUCCUCGCAAGAUAUACGUGUUCCGAGACGGUGUGUCCGAAGGACAAUUUGCGCAGGUUAUGAACAGUGAAUUAGUCGCGAUUUAUUCAGCUUAUCACAAAAUAUCGGGAGGAAAAGGAAAACCAGAAGUAUUAUUUAUGCUUGUGCAGAAGAGGCAUCAUACCAGAUUCUUUUCAGACCGCAAUAACGCACAAAAUGUUGAGCCGGGUACUGUGGUUGACACAAAGAUCGUACACAACAGUGAAAUGGACUUCUAUAUGGUUUCCCAUCAAGCGAUUAAAGGUACAGCGCGUCCGACUCGUUACUACGGCGUUCGGAAUGACGGCAACAUCGCCAUCGAAGAGAUAGAACAGCUGACCUACUACCUGUGUCACUUGUACUCACGCUGCCAACGUAGCGUGUCGUACCCCACGCCCACGUACUACGCUCAUCUUGCGUGCACGCGCGCCAAGAACCUCACACAGGGCCGCGAACAUUUCGACAACACGUCGCUGGAGAUAUCACCGAAACGAUUGCACGUUCUCGACCGAAUGCUCGACUAUAGCCGAAUGUUCUUCGUGUAAUUUUCUGAUGCGUUUCUAUAUUUUACAAUUUUGAACUGUUUAAUUUUAAUUUUUUAAUAUAAAAUAGAUUUUAAAUUAAAUUUUAUUUUUUACGUUUUCAUUUAUGGAAUUAAAUAUUAAUAAAAAAUUGAAAAAAAAAAUAAAAAUAACAUGUAAUCCCUAUAUUAUAUUUUAUUAAUGCUAAGCUUUAUUAAUAAUAAAGAUUAUUCUUAUCGAUGUUUUAGGAAAUUGUAGUUUUAGUUGUGUCUAAUAAAUCUUUUAACAUAAUAAGUCCAUAAGCAAAGUUAAGAUUAUUCAUUUUGUUUCUACCAAGUUAGCUGUAAGUACACUUUAGGCACUUGUCCCAGAGAAAGUAAUAUCAAAUAUUAUCUCAUUCAAGAAACGUACAACAGACAUUUUAGGCCGGUCCUACAUUAGAAGCGGAAUUUCUCCCGACGAUACGGUCUGGGCGGGUUUGGUCGGGACUGAACAAAACAAACAUUGUCGCGCCAUGUCCCCUCCUACACUGGAGCCAGUACUCGCUCCAGGGAGGGGAACAAGUCUGUCCUGGUCUGACUACAACUAAACAGGUUUGUUUAUCGUAGUCCAGUAUCAAUCAUGAAUCAGACAAUAUCGAAACCUUUUCUCGUCGAGAGUUCUCAUAGAACUGACUCUGGAUUUUGACUGGUUCGUCCGCUCCUGUCUAGCUGCAGUGUAGGAGCGCCGAGUCUGGACUGGUCUAGUCUGGCCGGGUGUGCUGGCCAGACCGACUCCGCUUCCAAUGUAGGAUCGGCCUUACAUUAUCGCUAAAUAGUCAUAGAUAUAGUAAUAUAGUCGCGGUCAUACACUUGCUUAUUAUAUUUCGUCGGGAGACCACGGUCGCACAACCAUUACCAACAAAAUGUAUACAGCUAUAGAGAGUUACUCACCUGGUGUCCGUUUGGUUUCGUAACCAAUUUGGUGGCGCGACCAGCUCGUUGGUUGAUGGUGUCUAGUUUGGUUGCCAAUUCCGUUGCCAUCUGGAGAGCAAAGCCAAAUUGGCUUCAAAGAAACGGCGUCAUAAAUAGGGCACGGCAAUACUUCACGCCGGCCCGCAUUCUCGCGCUGUACAAAGCGCAGGUCCGGCCACACAUGGAGUAAUGCUGUCAUCUCUGGUCUGGCACACCCCAGUAUCAGCUUGAUCCAUUUGACCGCGUGCAACGCAGAACAGCUCGAUUUGUCGGGGACCCAGUGCUCUGUAAACGGCUGGAUCACUUGGCGUUGCGUAGAGACGUCGCUUCAUUGUGUGUCCUCCACCGCAUUUAUCACGGGCAGUGUUCUGAAGAGCUGUAUCACCUUUCUACUGCCGAAUUCCACCUUCGCACGACACGCCACAAGUUAGGAUAUCAUCCCCACCAUCUGGAUGUGUGACGGUCCUCCACAGUGCGGUUUUCAUGGAGCUUUCUUCCACUUUCCACAAAAAAAAGUGGCGACUGGUUGGUGAAAUAUAGCCCUUUUUGUGCGGUAACUCGUUUCUCGCUUCUCGCUUCGUGUUCAUCGACCGCAAAGGGACAAGUGCCUUAAACAUAUUGUUAUUAAUAUAAGAUUUUUGGCAGUCUCAUUAAAUAUUAUCGGUGUAAUACUAAAUUAUAUAUGUAACAAAAUUGACAUUGUUUAGGCCAUUUAAUAAUUAUUUACUUACAUUAUAAGUUUUGUAACAGUUCAACUGUCCUUUGAAAUAUUAUGUAUAAAAUAAUUAUGUUAUAACUUGAUAGUGUUCAUUUAUAUUUAUUAAGUUCUUUUUAUGUAUCUCAAAAUUAUUAGAUUAGGCAUAAUUAUGAUUAAAUAUAUAUGUAUUAUACGUACA